AUGCUUCUUUACGGCACAAUUGUCCAUACACCCAAACGAGGAACGAUCUCCAUUCACACCAAUGCUCUCUUGGCCACCAAUGAGGAUGGUCGCAUUGUCGCGUUGAAAGACAACAUUCCUGAAGACAAGCUUGACAGCACCAUUGACACCCUUCAACUUGGUCACCAACGCCAAAGUCUUUUGAAGCUUUCACCAACGCAGUUCAUUCUACCAGGCCUUAUUGACACUCAUAUCCAUGCUCCACAAAUCACAUACACCGGAACGGCGACUGAUGUUCCUUUGAUGGAUUGGCUUCAAAAGUACACAUUUCCAAGCGAACGACAAUUUGAGGAUCCUGAAUGGGCACGCAAAGUAUAUGACGUCCUAGUGAAAAGAUUGCUUCGUAAUGGUACCACAACUGCAUUAUACUUUUCAUCCAUUCAUCUUGAAGCAUCCAAGAUCCUGGCUGAUGCAGCAUUGAAGCAUGGACAACGAGCCUUUAUUGGCAAAGUGUGUAUGGAUCAGCAUGGUGCUGAAGGAUACAUUGAAACGACCGAACAAUCGAUCGAGGAUACCAAAGCCUUCAUUGCUUAUUGUCAAUCCAAGCAACGACCCCAGCAUCUCGUUCCAGUCAUCACGCCACGCUUCCUUCCUACAUGUUCUCCUGCCUUGCUCGAACAAUUGGGUGCACUAGCAAGACAACAUGACCUGCCCAUUCAAUCUCAUAUUUCCGAAUCACUUGACGAGGUGGCCUUUGUGCAUGCAUUGUAUGGAAAUGAGGAUACGGAUACCGAGAUAUUUGAUCGUAUGGGAUUAUUGACACAGCGUUCCGUCAUGGCGCAUGGUGUGCAUUUAUCGCCCAACGACGUGGAUACCAUGGUAGCACGGGGCUCAGCUGUGGCAGUGUGUCCACUCUCCAAUGUUUAUUUUGCCAAUGGCGUAUUCCCCGUUCAACCUUAUCAAAAGCUCAAGAUGGGACUUGGCACGGAUGUGGCAGGUGGCUAUUCUCCCAGUAUGCUUCAAUCCAUUCGACAUUGUGCUGUUGCAUCCCGAUACCUUGCUACACAAAAGGAUCAUGAUCCAUCACUCGUGGUAGAUUGGAUGACUGCUCUCUACAUGGCUACCUUGGGAGGUGCUGAAGCGCUUGGACUACAAGAUGAAGUUGGCAGUUUUGAGAUGAACAAGUCAUUGGAUGCAUUGCUUGUGGAUAUCGCCACGGAGAAUUCGCCCAUUGAUCUCUUGGAUGAUAUCACUCCUAUGGAUAUGGUAGAAAAGUUUAUCAACCUAGGCGAUGAUCGCAAUAUUAUUAGCGUAUGGGUAUCAGGCGAACGUAAAUUGUAA